AUGGGCCAACUCUUUUCGCAAUGCAAAAAGUCUGACCCCAGUUUGGAUGAAACUAUCGAAGAAAACAAAGGUGAAGAAAACCGAGUUCUUUUCUCUGAACAAUUCGUCUCCUCUAAAAAGAAAGACAAAAUUAUGCGUCGAGCGACUGGAGCUGGCGGACUUUUGGGAAAGACCCCACAGGUUGAAGAUACAACUGAUGAACUACCACUUGAAGAGAACCUUGCUGAAGCCGAGAAAAACGCGAAUGAAAAUAUCAAUCCUCAAGAAGAACCACGAGCUCUCUCGCCAACUCCCGCUGGUGGCAAGGUCUCUGCUGAAGAAAUCGCCGCUUCAGAGGAACAACAGGUCGAAGCUGCUACUGAAGAACAACAGGCUGAAGCCGCUACUGAAGAGCAGCAGACUGAAGCUGCUUCCUCUGAGGAAACUCAAGAAGCUGCUGAAGAAGCCGCCGUUGAGGAAGCAACUGAACAAGCGGCCGAGGAGGAAACCGCUGCUGAAGCUGUCGCUGAAGAAGCCGCUCCCGCCGAGGAAGCUGCCACCGAAGAGACUGCUCAGGAAGCUGAAACCGACGCCCCAGCUGAGGUCACCGAAGCCGCCGCUGAGGAAGCUGCUGAAGAGGCCGCCGUUGAAGAAACCGCUGCCGAAGCUGAAACCGCUGUCGAGCCAGCUGAGUCCCAGGAUUAA